AGACGGAAAAUAAACGGGGGGAAGGGGAAGAGGGAGACUGUAGGUUAUAUAGUUUCUGGUCUCUUUUUAUUUCUACCCCAGAAAUUAUCUUCACUGAUCUCGGAGUCGAGAGUUUUUCUCCGGACAAACCCAAAGCGAAAUCUGGAUGGUUUUCUUCUCGAGUGCGAAGCAUAAUCCAUCCAAGAGCCCCUCGAGCUCCAAGUGCAUCUCUGACGCAGUAAGUGAUUCGUCCACAUUGAUUAAUAUCCCUUUCUUGAUCCGAGGUUCGGUGCUUGGUCCCUUUGAAGAUACUAUGCGGCGGAAAUGUUUGGAACCUCUUGGGUUUUCUUUUUUUUUUUUUUUUUCCAUGCGACGCUCUAAAUCGACGUCUCGCGGUUGCAAAUUCCUGAUCUUUGUUUGUGUCUGAACCGUGAGAUAGAGCUGAAACUUGUCUUGGCAGAGCUAGGUUGAUGGAAUCAGCACGCGCGGACGAAGUUGGGUCAUCUUCUCCAUCUGGGUCUGGUGUUUCUAGCUCCCAAUUGACCGAAGAUGCGGCUUUUCGCAUCGAUGACAGGUGCCCUAAACAAGUAUCGCCCAUGAGGGGUGGUGGGUCGAGGAAUACUAGCCCCUUAAGCCGGGCAGGAUCAAGAAACACAAGUCCUUCUAGGCAAAAGGUUAUUAAGACGAAGCCCCGUGGUUUAGAUGAGGAAACAGCGGCUACAUUCAGCAAAAUAGUGCACCCUGAUGUUCAAAUGGAGGAUAAUAUAUGGGCAAUGUUGCCCGAGGACUUGCUGAAUGAGAUUUUAGCUAGAGUCCCACCAUUUAUGAUUUUCCGGCUUCGUUCAGUUUGUAGGCGCUGGAAUUCUAUCCUCCAGGAUAGUAGCUUUCUCAAGUUCCAUUCGCAGGUGCCGUCUCAUGGGCCAUGUCUUCUUACAUUUUGGAAAAAUUCACAAACCCCACAAUGCUCGGUCUUUAGUUUGCCUCUGAAAACAUGGUACAGGAUUCCUUUUAACUUUUUGCCGCCUUGGGCAUUUUGGUUGAUCGGCUCAUCCGGAGGUCUCGUUUGCUUUUCUGGGCUUGAUGGGUUGGCUUUUAAAACUUUAGUCUGUAACCCUCUUACUCAGACAUGGAGGACACUGCCAAGUAUGCAUUAUAAUCAGCAAAGACAGUUGAUCAUGGUUGUUGAUCGGACAGAUCGGUCUUUUAAAGUAAUUGCAACGAGUGAUAUAUAUGGCGACAAGUCGUUGCCGACUGAAGUGUAUGAUUCGAAGCUUGACAUUUGGUCUCUCCACCAGAUUAUGCCUGCAGUUAAUCUUUGCUCCUCAAAAAUGGCGUUUUGUGAUUCUACAUUGUAUUUGGAAACUCUCUCACCUCUUGGACUGAUGUUAUUUCGAUUGGACAGAGGGCUAUGGGAACAUAUCCCCGCUAAGUUUCCAAGGUCCUUGUUGGAUGGUUAUUUGGUUGCCGGUACUCAAAAACGUUUGUUUCUAGUUGGGAGGAUAGGUCUUUACAGUACACUUCAGAGUAUGAGGAUUUGGGAGUUGGAUCAUGGAAAGAAUACCUGGGUGGAGAUCAGUAGAAUGCCACCGAAAUACUUUCGGGCUCUUUUUAGGUUGUCUGCUGAGAGAUUUGAGUGCUUUGGACAGGAUAACUUGAUCUGCUUUACAUCUUGGAAUCAAGGGAAGGGUCUCAUAUAUGAUGUAGAUAAGAAGGUUUGGUCUUGGAUUGCUGGCUGUGCUCUUCAGGUCUGUAAGGUUUCCCCUUAAUGAUAGAAGCUUGUUCAGGGCCAUUUCCUCACUUAGCAGGAGUUCCCUUUCCAUCAGAAUGGGCAUUCCUGCUUCCAAAUAUCUGACCAAACAAAGGAGAAGAAAUCUUACUCAGAAUGCAAUUCUAAUUUUGUUGAUUCUUUUAAACAAAAGAUGUUUUGAGUUGGCUUGGAAUUGCGUGCGCAAAAGGGUACCCAUAAUGCAAAGCUUCAUUCAGGUCAAACAUUUUUUUCUAACUGCGCUGCAUAAUUCAGUCGAAUUAUGCAAUCUGAGCUUUUUGCUGUAAAGUUUGCUUUGCUGGGAAGUUAUGAGUAAGACUGCUGGAUAUGGACGGUGGAGAUUGUUUCAUGUGCUAUCUCUGCUAAAAACUACUAAUCCAUCGCUCAUCAUUGCUGGUAACAUUUGGAUUUACCGUACCAUGGUAAGUAUGUUGCAGGAAUUGUUUGACAUAUGAAGUGUAGUGGAAAUGUUUAUAUGUGCUAGUUAAUUCUCUGAAAUAUGCUGAAUAUUGUUUAUCUGCUAUUAUGUUCCGAAUAACAAUGUUACUUUGCUGAAGCUCUCAGCUAAUCCGAACUAGA